CUAGAGUGGAGCUCCAGUCUGCAGCUAGACCCUUCUCAAAACUUCCCUCACUCACUUUUUAUCCUACCCUGAAAAAUAGGAUCUGUGGCUAAGAUGUGUGAAUAUACUGAGGUGACUGUUAAAAUACCUUUUGGCAAGAAGAAUCUUGAUGCUGUCUUCUCAGUCCCUGCUGAAUUUAGUCCUAAAAGGCAUGGAGUCAUUCUGACACAUGGAGCUGGAGGAGACAUGAAUUUUAUACACUUGGUUUCUUUAGCAAGCUACCUUGCAUCAAAUGGGCUACUUUGCCUCAGAUUUACAUGUAAAGGACUUAAUCUUGUCUACAGAACAAAAGCUUACAAUGCUGUGCUGGCAUAUUUAAAGUCUUCUGAAGAAUAUAAACUCUACGGUGUGUUUCUUGCAGGUCGAUCCAUGGGGUCUCGUGCUGCUGCUUCUAUAGUUAGGGGGGUUUCUGAAAAUGAGGAUGAGUUUAUUCUAGGUCUUAUUACCCUUUCAUAUCCACUGCAUCCUCCAAAUGCAAAGGGCAAGUUGCGAGAUGAAGAUAUUCUGCUGAUUAGACGCCCAGUGUUGUUUGUAUCCGGAUCCGCUGAUGAAAUGUGUGAAAAGAGUCUUAUGGAAGAUUUAAUUAGAAGAAUGAAAGCUCCUGUAAAGAUGCAUUGGGUUGAAAAUGCAAAUCAUGGAAUGGCUGUCAAGGGCAAAACAACCGAGGAUGUAAUGACAGAAAUAAAUAAGCAAGUUUUUUUAUGGAUUCAGGAAACCAUUUAAUGGGCUUAAAGUGAAUGUAAACUUCCAUCAAUUAGUGCCCGGUUUUUAAAUAUACUAUUAAAAACAGGGGCACUUUCAUUGAUGAAAGUUUACAUUGCACCGUAUUUUACAAAUACUUACCUUUUACUUCUUCAAAGCCGGAUCAGCAUCCCCGCCUUCAGGUCCUCUGUAAAUACGUCACCAAUGACGAAACCGGCUUCCUCCAAUCACGGCAGGGCCUCAUGAGAUGGACGCUUUGUGGGGGAAGCUAUGAUUGGAAGAAAAGGUAAGUAUUUGUAAAAAUAUGGUGCAAUGUAA